AUGAGUUACGGAUACGGAAGACAAAAUCCCUACGACUCGCCCGACACGGGCUACAACACUCCUACCGGCGGUUAUGGAAACAAUGGCGGUUAUGGAGGUGGGUACAACAGCCCUCCCGCGCAGAGUGGUUUCGGAGGCAACGUCGAGAUGGAGCCCCUCGCCCACAACGCCAGCUCCUUUGGCCAUGGCGACCCCAACGCCAUCCUGAACGAGUGCCGCGACAUUGACCGCGGCAUCGAUACUGUCGAGAGGAACCUUGAGGAGCUCCGUCACAUCCAGCAGCGAACACUCGAUGACGCCGACAGCUCGGCAUCGAGCGCCGCCAACCAGCAGCUCGAUGCCCUCUCUGCCGACACCAUGAGCCUCUACCGCGGCCUCACAGAACGCGUCCGCGUCGUGAAGUCCAACCCUGAGGCCCAGUCAGCCAAGAACAACCCCCACGUCACCCGUAUCGACCGCCGUCUCAAGUCCGCCAUCCAGCAGUACCAGCAGGUUGAGUCGCAGUUCCGAAAGCGCACCCAGGACCAGAUGGCUCGCCAGUACCGUAUUGUUCGCCCCGAUGCCAGCGAAGCUGAGGUUCAGGCCGCCGUCGAGGAUACCACUGGUGGCCAGGUUUUCCAGCAGGCCCUUAUGCAGAGCGACCGCCAGGGCCGCGCCCGUGCCGCUCUCAGCGCUGUCCAGGAUCGUCACGCCGCCCUUGUCAAGAUUGAGCAGCAGAUGGUCGAGCUCGCCCAGUUGUUCCAGGACAUGGACACCUUGGUCGUCCAGCAGGAGGUUGCCGUCACCCAGAUUGAGCAGAAGGCCGAGGAGGUCGUCGAGAACCUCGAUAAGGGUAACGAGGAGAUUGGCGUCGCCGUCAACACGGCCCGCAAGACUCGCAAGAAGAAGUGGAUCUGCCUGGGUAUCUGUGUGGCAAUCAUUGUCGUCAUCGUCAUCAUCGUGCUCAUCUACAUCUUUGUCAUCAAGGGCCAGAACAACGACAACAAGAAGCGAAGCCUCGUCGACGACAUCAACCGCACUCUACCCGCCAUCAACGCUAUCAGCAGGCGAUCUCGCAUCAUGGGCCGAAGCGCAGACGACAGCGAAGCUUCCGCCCUCCUUGACCAGCUCACCAAGGGGCGCAUGCACCUCCCUUCAAUCCCGAAAUAG